AUGCCUCCGGAUGCAAAAUCGCCUGGCUACCAGCCUGGUAUGGCAGUAUUACCAUCUAGGCCACAUCCUGCCAAGGGAAAAGCCAUUCGAUUCCUCCUUUCCCUUGCAUUGGUCGCGUUUGCUAUUGUUCAAUUAUGUGGUAAUUUCCACAAAAAUAGGAGCGUUGAACAACAGCUUCAGAGUCAAACACUUGAUGAUGAGUCCUUUAAAUGGGAAGAUGUUACUCCUACCAAGCAACUCGUAUACCAUCCAUGCUUUGGUGAUCACGAAUGCGCUCGCUUGUCGCUUCCAAUGAAUUGGAACCGAACUGAUGGUGAAGGGUCAAAAAUUGCCUUGGCGGUUAUCAAACUUCCUGCCAAGGUACCUGUCACAGAUGCGCGAUAUGGUGGUGCCAUUCUUCUGAAUCCAGGUGGUCCUGGUGGAUCCGGAGUGAGCAUGGUCUUUAGAUACGGGAAAGCUAUCCAGACCAUCGUCGACUCCCCAGAAUCACCAAGUGCAGAUUCAGCGAGCGGAAAGUAUUUCGAUGUUGUUAGCUUUGAUCCAAGAGGGGUCAACAACACAACACCUAAUUUUUCCUGCUUCCCUGACCCCGCGACGAGGAAAGCGUGGUUACUGCAGUCAGAGGCAGAGGGUCUACUUGGGAGUUCUGAAGGAGUCUUCGAUACUCGAUGGGCAAGGUACGAAGCUUUUGAGCGGCUACUUUCGACAGCUCCGAACACUUUCCCAGUUGGAACAAACGUUGACGCCGAGAGGAUAAGGCUGCACAACCGUUGGAAAAAAGGGGAGGAGAAGCUGCUAUACUGGGGCUUUUCCUAUGGGACAAUCCUGGGUUCCACGUUUGCGGCUAUGCAGCCUCAUCGCAUAAACCGUGCUGUCAUAGACGGAGUCUGCAACGCUGAUGAUUAUUACGCCGGCAACUGGCUUACCAAUUUACAAGAUUCGGAUGCAGCAUUCAAUAAAUUUUUCGAGUACUGCUACACAGCUGGCCCAUCAGCGUGUCCGUUUGCGCUCGGCGGAGAUCCCGAAGAUCUCAAGUCUCGUUAUGAGCAGAUUUUGACCAAUCUUACAUCGAGCCCUAUUGCUGUGUCUCCUUCUGGAAAUAGGGGCCCAGAGAUAAUAACCUAUAGUGAUGUGAAGUCAUUGGUCGUGCAAGCUCUCUAUGUGCCUUUGAAAUUAUUCGAUUUGGUGGCUAGGCUAUUAGCUGAGCUCGAGCAAGGUAACGGCUCUUCAUUCGCUGACUUGAAGUAUGAAGCCAAACAAUGGCCAGUACCGCCUCCAUGCGAUUCCUCGUCCACACAAUACAAAGUACCUGGCGAGAGUGAUCAGGAGGCCGGGAGGAAUAUCCUAUGUACAGAUGGUCCAGGCCUCGACGGAACUGCCAAGGAGGAUUUCCGGAGCUACUGGAAUAUGCUCCGGGGACAAAGUAAGGCGGUUGGAGAUUUCUGGGCCGAGGUUCGCAUGUCGUGUGUCAAACUGGAGACGCGACCUGAGUGGCGCUAUGAUGGUAUGCGUAUCCAAGGGCCCUUCGCAGGCAAUACAUCGCACCCAUUGCUGUUUAUCGGGAAUACUUAUGAUCCAGUAACGCCGCUACGGAAUGCUCAUACGAUGGCGCGUGGAUUUCCUGAGUCAAUCGUUCUAGAGCAGAACUCUGUCGGACAUUGCACACUGAGUGGCCCAUCCUUGUGUACAGCGAAAGCGAUACGCCAGUAUUUCCAGACCGGAGAGUUACCUGACCCCGGAACUGUUUGCCAGGUAGAGGAGCUUCCCUUUCGUCUUGCCGGAUAUGAGAGAAGUCAGGUCAUGUCGCCAGGUGACACAGAAUUGAUGUCCGCCUUGCAUUCGCUGAGCGAGUUCCGCCAUCUGCUAGGCGCGUGA